AUGAUGUGCGAGGUGAUGCCCACCAUCAGCGAGGAUGGCCGCCGGGGCUCGGCGCUGGGCCCGGACGAGGCGGGCGGCGAGCUGGAGCGCCUCAUGGUCACGAUGCUCACGGAGCGAGAGCGCCUGCUGGAGACGCUGCGAGAGGCGCAGGAUGGACUGGCGACAGCGCAACUGCGGCUGCGUGAGCUCGGCCACGAGAAGGAUUCCCUGCAGCGGCAGCUCAGCAUCGCUUUGCCUCAGGAGUUUGCGGCUCUGACGAAGGAGCUUAACUUAUGUCGAGAACAGCUUCUGGAGAGAGAAGAAGAGAUCGCAGAGCUGAAGGCGGAGCGUAACAACACCCGGCUCCUUUUGGAACACCUCGAGUGCCUGGUGUCCAGGCACGAGCGUUCCCUGAGAAUGACUGUGGUGAAGAGGCAGGCCCAGUCCCCUGGAGGCGUCUCCUCUGAGGUGGAGGUGCUCAAGGCUCUAAAGUCCCUCUUUGAGCAUCACAAGGCCCUGGAUGAGAAGGUCCGGGAAAGAUUGCGGAUGGCACUAGAGAGAGUGGCCGUGCUGGAGGAGGAGCUGGAACUCAGCAAUCAGGAGACUCUGAACCUUCGAGAUCAACUAUCUAGAAGGCGGUCAGGGCUGGAGGAGCCAGGCAAGGAUGGGGAUGGACAGACCCUUGCCAAUGGCCUGGGUCCUGUUGGAGACUCCAGCCGGCGCACGGCAGAGCUGGAGGAGGCCCUGGAGCGGCAGCGGGCAGAGGUGUGCCAGCUGCGGGAGCGCCUGGCGGUGCUGUGCCGUCAGAUGAGCCAGCUGGAGGAGGAGCUGGGCACUGCUCACCGCGAGCUGGGUAAGGCCGAGGAAGCUAACUCCAAGCUGCAGCGAGACCUCAAGGAGGCCCUGGCUCAGCGGGAGGAUAUGGAAGAGCGCAUCACAACGCUGGAGAAGCGCUACCUGAGUGCCCAGCGUGAGGCCACGUCUCUACAUGAUGCCAACGACAAGCUGGAGAACGAGUUGGCCAGCAAAGAGUCGCUGUACCGACAGAGUGAAGAGAAGAGCCGUCAGCUGGCCGAGUGGCUGGACGACGCCAAGCAGAAGCUCCAGCAGACCCUGCAGAAGGCUGAGACCUUGCCUGAGAUAGAGGCUCAGCUGGCACAGCGUGUGGCUGCUUUGAACAAGGCAGAAGAACGCCAUGGAAACUUUGAAGAACGGCUUCGGCAGCUGGAGGCACAGCUGGAGGAGAAGAACCAGGAGCUGCAGCGGGCCCGGCAGAGGGAGAAGAUGAACGAUGACCAUAAUAAACGACUGUCAGAGACAGUGGACAAGCUGCUGAGUGAAUCCAAUGAACGCUUGCAGCUUCACCUCAAGGAACGCAUGGGUGCCCUGGAGGAGAAGAACUCGUUGAGCGAGGAGAUUGCUAACAUGAAGAAGCUUCAAGACGAGCUACUGCUGAACAAGGAGCAGCUCUUGGCCGAGAUGGAACGAAUGCAGAUGGAGAUUGACCAGCUACGGGGAAGGCCACCCUCCUCCUAUUCCCGGUCUCUCCCUGGCAGUGCCCUGGAGCUCCGUUACUCCCAGGCACCAACUUUACCUUCUGGUGCCCCCCUGGAUCCUUAUGGAGCUGCCAGUGGCCGGGCAGGCAAGAGGGGACGCUGGUCAGGGGCCAAGGAUGAUUCUUCCAAGGACUGGGAUCGAUCUGCCCCUGCCGGGUCCAUCCCUCCUCCAUUUCCUGGAGAGCUCGAUGGCUCAGAUGAGGAGGAGGCCGAGGGGAUGUUCGGGGCUGAGUUGCUGUCCCCCAGUGGGCAAGCGGAUGUGCAGACGCUGGCCAUCAUGCUUCAAGAGCAGUUGGAAGCCAUCAACAAGGAGAUCAAGCUAAUCCAAGAAGAGAAAGAGACCACAGAGCAGCGUGCAGAAGAGUUGGAGAGCCGGGUGUCCAGUUCUGGCCUUGACUCACUGGGCCGGUACCGCAGCAGCUGCUCACUGCCGCCCUCCCUCACCACCUCCACCCUCGCCAGCCCCUCACCUCCCAGCUCUGGCCAUUCCACCCCUCGUCUGGCACCCCCCAGUCCUGCCCGGGAGGGAACCGAGAAGACCAACCAUGUCUCCAAGGAGGAAGCUGGUGCUCCAAGGGAGGGAGCAGCCAUUCCAGGAGACACCCCACCACCUACUCCCCGCUCUGCCCGUCUUGAGAGGAUGACCCAGGCUUUGGCACUGCAGGCUGGGUCCCUAGAAGAUGGGGCUCCUCCCCGGGGAAGUGAGGGCACCCCAGAUUCCCUCCACAAAGCCCCCAAGAAGAAGAGCAUCAAGUCAUCCAUAGGUCGGCUCUUUGGCAAGAAAGAGAAGGGUCGGAUGGGACCCCCAGGCCGGGAAAGUGUUUCUCUGGCUGGGACACCCUCUGAUGAAACACUGGCUACUGACCCUCUGGGGCUGUCCAAGUUGACCGGCCCAGGAGAUAAGGACAGGAGAAACAAGAGAAAGCACGAGCUUCUAGAAGAGGCCUGUCGCCAGGGCCUGCCUUUUGCUGCCUGGGAUGGUCCCACCGUGGUCUCCUGGCUGGAGCUCUGGGUGGGCAUGCCUGCGUGGUACGUGGCUGCCUGUCGGGCCAAUGUCAAGAGCGGCGCCAUCAUGGCCAACCUGUCAGACACAGAGAUCCAGCGGGAAAUUGGCAUCAGCAAUCCCCUGCACAGGCUCAAGCUGCGCCUGGCCAUUCAGGAGAUGGUGUCACUCACGUCGCCCUCUGCGCCUGCCUCCUCCCGCACUCCCACAGGAAACGUGUGGAUGACACAUGAGGAGAUGGAGUCACUGACAGCAGCUACGAAACCCGAGACCAAGGAGAUCAGCUGGGAGCAGAUCCUGGCAUAUGGCGACAUGAACCACGAGUGGGUGGGGAACGACUGGCUGCCCAGCCUUGGGCUGCCCCAGUACCGAAGCUACUUCAUGGAGUCGCUAGUCGAUGCCCGGAUGUUGGACCACCUGAACAAGAAGGAACUGCGAGGUCAACUCAAGAUGGUGGACAGCUUCCACAGGGUUAGUCUGCAUUAUGGUAUCAUGUGCCUGAAACGGCUCAACUAUGACAGGAAGGACCUAGAGCGGAGGAGAGAAGAGAGCCAGACCCAGAUCAGAGACGUGAUGGUGUGGUCCAACGAGAGGGUCAUGGGUUGGGUGUCUGGGCUCGGCCUGAAGGAAUUCGCUACAAAUCUCACUGAGAGUGGGGUGCAUGGGGCACUGCUGGCUCUGGAUGAAACCUUCGACUAUUCCGACCUGGCCUUGCUUUUACAGAUACCUACACAGAAUGCACAGGCCCGGCAACUGCUGGAGAAAGAAUUUAGCAACCUCAUCUCCCUAGGCACAGACAGACGGCUGGAUGAGGACAGUGCCAAGUCCUUCAGCCGCUCCCCAUCCUGGAGGAAGAUGUUCCGAGAGAAGGACCUCCGAGGUGUAACCCCCGACUCGGCUGAGAUGUUACCCCCCAACUUUCGCUCAGCUGCAGCAGGAGCUCUAGGCUCCCCAGGGCUCCCACUACGCAAACUGCAGCCUGAAGGCCAGACUUCCGGGAGUUCACGAGCAGAUGGUGUUUCUGUCCGGACUUACUCCUGCUAG